GGCUUCAGCACCUUCCACGCUCUGAUCAAUAGUUGCAUCCACACCCUAAUGUACUCCUACUAUGCUCUGGCUGCGGCUGGACCUCAGUUCCAUCCCUACCUUUGGUGGAAACGAGUCUCCUGGCAGGAUCGAAUUUCCUAUUUUGAGCUGUAUCGGAGGUAUUUCAAACUUGCACGUAUAGCAUCCUACAUCAAACAUCGCCGAUUACAAUGGUUUGGCAUGUCCUGCGCAAACCAUCGACGGACCCCUCGUAGUGCAAAUUGGAGAUACCGACAUGGCGGUCAGCUGAAGACGUGGCUGGACACUGUCAAGUCAGACGUCGAACGCCUGGAUCUCGACGAUGGCACAAGCAAUGGGUACCUCACCAGCGCCCAGAUCCUCCAAUUCAUCAUUGUCAUCGCGCACACUAUGCAGCUCUUCUUCUUCGAUGACUGUGACUACCCCAUCCUCUUUGGCUGGUGGAUCCUCUCCUAUGCAUGCAUCUUCCUCGGCCUCUUUGGCAAUUUCUACUAUUGCAAGUUGCGCUGUAGUAGAGCGAUAGUAGACGUUGGCGAUGGUUUUGGCAGUUACACCCACCAUGAUGAUGGUGGACAGAAUCAAAAGCCGCGGCGAAGCUACAGACUGCCGCCGGUCGGUUGCCACUUCCUUUGUGAGCAAGUAGACACGCGAAGCCUUAUAUUUUGCUGA